AUGUGGGAUGAAGAGAUCCUCCUGGUGGCAGUCAAGAUGCCCAAAACGAUGAACGUGCGUGUCACCACCAUGGACGCAGAGCUGGAGUUUGCCAUUCGGCCCAAAACCACCGGCAAGCAGCUGUUUGACCAGUCCUGCUACAUCCAGGUGGUGAGGACGGUGGGGCUGAGGGAGAUGUGGUUCUUCGGCUUGCAGUACGUGGACAGUAAAGGAUACGUCACCUGGCUCAAGCACCAGAAGCAGGUGACCAAGCAGGACGUGAAGAAGGAGAACCCACUGCAGUUCAAGUUCAGGGUCAAGUUCUUCCCAGAGGACGUGUCUGAGGAGCUCAUCCAGGAGAUCACACAGAGGCUCUUCUUCCUGCAGGUGAAGGAGGCCGUCCUGAACGAUGACAACUACUGCCCCCCGGAGACGGCUGUUCUGUUGGCCUCGUACGCGGUCCAGGCAAAGUAUGCAGACUACAACAAGGAAAAUCACCGACCGGGCUACCUGAGCUCUGAGCGACUACUGCCACAGAGGGUCCUGGAGCAGCACAAACUCACAAAAGAGCAGUGGGAGGAGAGGAUCCAGAAGUGGCACAUGGAGCACACCGGCCUGCUGCGGGAGGACGCCAUGAUGGAGUACCUGAAGAUUGCCCAGGACCUGGAGAUGUACGGAGUCAACUACUUCCACAUCAGGAACAAGAAGGGCACGCAGCUGUGGCUCGGGGUCGACGCACUAGGCCUAAACAUCUAUGAGCACGGAGACAAGUUGUCUCCUAAAAUUGGCUUUCCAUGGAGCGAGAUCCGGAACAUCUCUUUCACCGAUAAGAAGUUUGUCAUCAAACCCAUCGACAAGAAGGCUCCGAAUUUCGAGUUCUACGCCCCGCGGUUAAGGAUCAACAAGCGCAUCCUGCUGCUGUGCAUGGGCAACCACGAGCUGUACAUGCGGAGGAGGAAGCCAGACACCAUUGAGGUCCAGCAGAUGAAGGCCCAGGCCCGCGAGGAGAGGCACCACAAGCAGAUGGAGAAGGCACGGCUGCAGAGUGAGAAGCGAGCCCGUGAGCAGGCGGAGCGAGACCGCGAGAGGACGGAGAGGGAGAGGAAAGAGCUCCUGGAACGGCUGAGGAACAUUGAGGAGCAGACGCACAAGGCCCAGAAAGAACUAGAGGAGCAGACCCGCAGGGCUCUCCAGCUUGAGCAGGAGAGAGGCAGAGCUGCAGACGAGGCCCAGAGGCUGGACAGGGAGAGGCGGGCAGCAGAGGAGGCCAAGGCUGCGCUGGCUCAACAGGCUGCUGACCAGAAGAAGACCCAGGAGCAGCUGGCGGCAGAGCUGGCAGAGUUCAGUGCUAAAAUCGCUCUCCUGGAGGAGGCCAAGAAGAAGAAGGAGGAUGAGGCCUCAGAGUGGCAGCACAAAGCCCUGUCAGCGCAGGAGGACUUGGAGAAGACCCGUGAAGAGUUGAAGGUGGCUCUGGCUCCACCGGUCCCAGAGCAGAGUGAGGAGGAGGCCCCGAGGGAAAGCAGUGACCAACGGGAGAUCCACCGGGAGAAGCGGAGGAAGAGGGAGUUGCAGGCGCUGAGUUCGGACUUGGAGGCGGCCCGGGACCACUCCAAGAGGACGCACAACGACCUGCUCCACGCUGAGAACGUGCGUGCGGGCCGGGACAAGUACAAGACGCUCAGGCAGAUCCGACAGGGCAACACCAAGCAGCGCGUGGACGAGUUUGAGUCCAUGUGA